AUGAGGCGUCCUGCGUCUAAAGUGGCCAACGGUGGACUAGUUGCCUAUCGAAAAUUGAAGGCCAAGGAGAUUGUAGAUCAAGCAAAUAGGCGAGAAAAUCCAUUACCCCUUCGGCGGACUGAUGAAUUACCCAUCCUGGACAAUGUUCCGUUGACCGUUGAAUGUUGUUAUCCGAAAUCGUGUUCACCAGAGCUGCUAGACGACAUGCUGAAUGUUCUCUACAACAAUAUGAAGGGUUUUUAUGACCAAUCCAGUUGGGAGUGGGAUACAGAAAAAAAACGGGAAGAAGCAUUCUCAUCCAAGUCACGGCUUCUUAUUUGCCGUGUCGCUGAUACUGAGUUUCCAACCUCUACUGCAGUGGCUGGUUUUGUCAGUUUUCGUUUCGAACGGGAGGUGGAUCGCCCUGUUCUCUAUUGUUAUGAAAUACAGUUGCGUGAACAGUAUCGUGGACGUUCGAUUGGAUGCUAUUUAAUGAACUUACUAUUUUUAAUUGCGAAAGAUUGUAAAAUGGACAGAGUGAUGCUGACAGUUUUCAAAUUCAAUGAGCGAGCACUGCGGUUUUUCCGGGCCCUGGGAUUUGUCAAAGAUGAGACUGAUCCGUCGAAUUUCAAAGGGAAUCCAAAAGUUGACUACAUAAUCAUGUCAAAAAGUGUGAUGUAA